AAUAAAUAAAGCAGGCCGGGAGGAGUGGUGCAAGAAAAAAUAAAUAAAUAUAUAUUUAUAGGGAAGACAUCCCCGUGUGUGUGUGUGUGUCCCCCGCCCCUCUCCAGCGGCUCAGAGGAGGCAGGGGCGGACCACGAUGCCCGGCUUGCGGGCGCUGCCCGCCCGCCCGCAUGGACACCGCAGCCCGUAGCGGGGUUUCCGCACCGCACCGCGGGGAUAAUACAUUUUUGAACGGUGCCUCCCCAAGAAGUGUGAUGAGAAAUGGCUUUAGGAAACAACACCCAGAGAAGUUACUCCAUCAUCCCCUGUUUCAUCUUUGUUGAGCUUGUCAUCAUGGCUGGGACUGUUCUGCUUGCCUACUACUUCGAGUGCACCGAUACUUUUCAAGUGCAUAUCCAAGGUUUCUUCUGUCAGGAUGGCAAUUUGAUGAAACCGUACCCUGGAACGGAGGAUGAGAGCUUCAUUUCACCCCUUGUGCUCUACUGUGUGCUGGCUUCAACUCCAACAGCUAUUAUUUUUAUUGGUGAGAUAUCCAUGUAUUUCAUAAAGUCAACCAGAGAAACCCUAAUUAUUCAAGAGAAAACUAUUUUGACUGGAGAGUGCUGUUACCUGAACCCACUGCUUCGAAGAAUAAUACGUUUUAUAGGAGUGUUUGCAUUUGGACUUUUUGCUACUGACAUAUUUGUAAAUGCUGGCCAGGUUGUGACUGGGAACUUGGCUCCAUACUUCCUGACUGUGUGUAAACCCAACUACACUGGAAACGACUGUCGGACCCACCACCAGUUCAUAAACAAUGGCAACAUCUGCACCGGCGAUGUGGAGGUCAUUGAAAAGGCAAGGAGAUCCUUUCCAUCCAAACAUGCUGCUUUGAGCAUCUACUCAGCUUUAUAUGCCACGAUGUACAUCACAAGCACAAUUAAAACAAAGAGUAGCAGGCUAGCCAAACCUGUGCUGUGUCUGGGUACCCUGUGUGCUGCCUUCCUCACUGGGCUAAACCGAGUUUCUGAGUAUCGGAACCACUGUUCAGACGUGAUCGCGGGCUUCAUCUUGGGAAGUGCGGUAGCUUUGUUUCUGGGGAUAUGUGUUGUCCAUAACUUUAAAGGCACCCAUGGAGCUCCUUCUAAACCGAAGCCUGAAGACCCACGCGGAAUGCCACUAAUGGCUUUUCCAAGGGUGGAAAGUCCGCUGGAGACACUGAGUGCACAGAACCACUCUGCCUCUAUGACUGAAGUAACCUGAGAUGGACAACUGGCAACAGAAGCUAUUUUUUAUUACCCUCCAGUACAAUACUUCAAGACACACAGUUACUAAAUGUCAAACUGUGAAGACCAGUAUUAUGUUAUGUCUAGUUAGAGGCUAAUGUUUUGUACAUUUUUUGUAUGAGGAAGUGAUGUAGCUUGCCCUGAUUUUUUGUCAGCUUUAAUAUUAUUAUGCCACAAUUUAAAAGCAAAAUA